GUGAAACUCCUCCCCGGAAGUGUCAGCUGUCAGUUUAGGUGACAACAUGUCGCAGUAAACCGGCAGAUAACCGGGAAUAAACCGGGUCGAACCGGGCAAACGGACGGGCCGCACGGCCCAGUUUUGGCGGGAGAAUGGAGACGUUUAACAAGCUGACCAACAUGCUGCUGCACGCGCUGGAGACGAGGGAGCCCUCUGUCGACCUGUUGGACUCGUUUAUCGAUCAUUGGAAAGCGAUCACUAAUUAUUACAUCCAGACGACAGAUGAAAGUCGUCCUGUCAGACAGACAGACAUCCCGUGGCGUCUCAAACAGAUGUUGGACAUCCUGGUGUAUGAGGAGAAGCAACAGGCUGUGGACACCUCUGCAUCGUGUCUGGAUUAUCUGCUGCAGCACAAACUGUUGGAGACGCUGUGCACUCUGGGGAAGGCUCAGUAUCCUCCAGGUAUGGUCCAGCAGGUGUUGGUGUUCUUCUCUAAGUUCUUGUCUCAGAUGCAGAAGCCUCUCCUCCACCUGGUUAAUGUCUACAGACCUGUUGAGAAGCUGAUUCGUCUCUGUGCACUUCCUGGUUCUCUCACUGAGAAGGAGGAAGCUCAGUUCUUAUUGGUCGUCUGCUCCAGAGUCAAACAGGAUCCGCACACGCUCAGACACGUCUUAGAGAUUAUGGACCAACCAGCAACCAGGACACCCACCUCUGACCAAUCAGAGCUCUGCACACAAGCCUCCAAUCAUGGGGCAGAGCCACGACUGCCCUCCAGCCAAUUAGAUUCAUCUACCUCCAGCCUCGUCCAAUCAGAGCCCGGUCUGCUGUCGGUUCUGCUGCAGCUCACCAAGAGUCAGAGACCCUCAGUGUGUCUGAAGGCCUAUGAAAGCCUCCUGCUGCUGUCCUCGGUCCAGUCCGGAUCUUCAGGGGAGAUUCUCUGUGAUCACACCCAGCUGGGAGAGCUGCUGGCUGGGAGGCUGCUGGAGCUUCACUCCCUGCUGCCUCUGGAGAGUCUGGAUCCUGGAGAGGUUCAGAGCUGGCCUCACACACCAUGGAGCUCACAGUUCUCGCGCUGCAGCUCUGAUCUCAGGUCAGCGUCUCCUGCUUCUGAUCACAUGACUAACUUCUUCUCAUGGUUUGACUUCCUGGAUCACCUGACGAGAGAAGCACCUGAGGUAUUAGCGGUGAAGCUGGCCCGGUGUGUCCACCAGCUGUGGUUGUCAGACGUGGUCCAGCCUCAGCUGCAGCACACGUGUGAACAGGUAGUCCUGUUCUCCACCUCGCUCCUCUGUGCUGCCGUCAGACUGGUCCAGUCCCCCUUCCUGCUGGAUCAGCUGGUCCACUUCCUGCUGAAGACGGACACGCUGACACACCUGCUGCUGCAGCGCUGUGACCACAUCUCAGACCAGAUCAGCAUGCUGUCUCUCUCUCUGGUGGAAGAGUUACUACAGAAGCCUCACAGGGACAUUUUGGACGUGCUGGUUUUGAGUUUCCUGCAGAGUCGGAGUUACCUGUCUCCACCUGCAGCAGGACAGGACGACAGGCCCACCGAGAUCGUUGAGACCACAGAGGACAGCGAUGACCUGGAGGAGGACCCGUUCUUCUUCUCUGACGGCGUGAUGUCAGACAGUGAGCUGCUUCCUCCUCCCUCCUUCUCGGCUCCGCCUCCUCCCUCUGGACAGGGAUCAGCUGCUGACGUCGUCAACAGCUUCCUAUGCUUGGUUCCGGUUCAGGUCCGGUCUGCUCAGCUGCUUCAGGAGGGCGGAUACGAGUCGUACGUCCACGACGCUCACACACUGGUGACAGAGUGUCAGUCUCUCUCUCUGUCGUGGGAUUGGCCGGUCUCUCUUCCUCCUCCCUCCUCCUCACCUGAACACUUCUUUGAAGGUCACCUGUUCAAGGUUCUCUUCGACCGGCUGGGCCGGGUCCUGGAGCAGCCGUAUGAGUUGAACCUCCAGCUGACAGCCGUUCUGUCGAGGCUGUCGUCCUUCAAUCAUCCUCUGCUCAACGAGUACCUGCUCAACCCUUACAUCCACCUGUCUCACUGCUCCAGGUCACUCUUCUCUGUACUCAUCAGGUUGAUGGGGGAGUUGAUGCAGAGGAUCCAGCUGGUCUCUAAUCUGACAGACAGACUGUUGAACGCCAGGAGACACCUGCUGGGACUGGACCACAAUGCAGGACUGGAGCACCUGACCCUGUUGAGAGGACUGAUCGUCCUCGAGGAGUUCUGUAAAGAGCUCGCUGCCAUCGCCUUCGUCAAGCUGCCCCUGGACCAGCAAUGACUCACCUGAACCACCACACACAGACAGGUACACCUUUACAGGUCUAUCUGAG